AUGGCCUGGUAUUCCAUUCUACCAGCAGAGCUCAUUCACCUCGAGAGCUGGGCAGCUCGCGUCUUCUUCCUGCUUGGUCUCAUCACCAUCGGCCCCUGGGCAUUUCUCAUACUCCUCGACGCAGUAAUAUGGCUCUACCGCCUGAUACUCUGGGAACUACCCUGGGUUGGCGGGCGGGCGCGCGGUCGACAGCGUCCGCGCGCGCCGAGUCUGAAUGAACGGCCGGGCGGACAGCGGAGGGCGUUUGGAUUGCGCGGGGUGGAAACUGAUAGUGGUGAUAGUGACGAGGUUGAGCUGGAUGAUUUUUUGGGGCAUUCAAAGGGGCUGGAUCGUGAUGACUCGAGUACGGAGGAUGUGAAUACUGUUGGUCGAGGAUCGAGUGGUGGUGGAGGGCUGAAGCAGAGGAAUUCUGGACAGACUUGA